UGGGGGGAAAAGGGGGCGGCCCUGAGUCCGGGGCUGCCACGUCAGUGCGGCCUCGGCCCGGGCGGAGCGGCGGAUGGGGACGGCGGCUGCCUUCGGGGCCGAGCUGGGCUUGCGGGUCGGUCUGCUCGCGGCCUUUCUGGUCACGGAGCUCCUCCCUCCCUUCCAGCGGGUCAUUCAGCCGGAGGAGAUGUGGCUUUACCGGAAUCCGUAUGUGGAGGCAGAGUAUUUCCCUACCAAGUCGAUGUUUGUCAUUGCAUUUGUCUCUCCACUGUCUCUGAUCCUUCUGGCUAAAUAUCUCAAGAAAGCAGACACAACAGACAGCAAGCAAGCCUUCCUGGCUGCCAGCCUUACCCUAACCCUGAAUGGUGUCUUUACCAACACGAUAAAAUUGAUAGUGGGGAGGCCACGACCAGAUUUCUUCUACCGCUGCUUCCCAGAUGGUCUAUUCCACUCUGACUUUGCGUGCACAGGAGAGAAGAAUGUGGUGAAUGAGGGUCGCAAGAGCUUUCCUAGUGGACAUUCUUCCUUUGCAUUUGCUGGUCUGGCCUUUGCUUCCUUCUACCUGGCAGGGAAGUUACACUGCUUCACGCCACGAGGCCGGGGGAAAUCUUGGAGGUUCUGUGCCUUCCUGUCGCCUCUACUUUUUGCAGCUGUAAUUGCACUGUCCCGCACCUGUGACUAUAAGCAUCACUGGCAAGAUGUACUGGUCGGGUCCAUGAUUGGCCUGACACUGGCCUAUGCCUGCUACAGGCAGUAUUACCCUCCGCUCACAGAUGCAGAAUGCCAUAAACCAUUUCAGGACAGACUUGUACUUCCAGUGACACAGAAGAAGUUUGGUGAUCCUUAUGCUUUUGAUAUUUAGAAACGGGAACUCUCAACAGAGAAUAGUUAAAUCAGCCAAUGGUGGACUAUGCUUAAAUGGGGGGGGGGGGGGUUCUGACUUUUGUGCUGCUUAAAAGAGGUUACAAGGGAAAACAUCUGCACUGCAUUUUGCCUCUAUAUGGUUAUCCAGUUUUGCUAUGUGGGUUUACUGUGAGGUCAAAGUUCCUGUCCAUAGCUCUCUGCCACAUAUUCUUGUAAAAAGAUAAUGCAAUCAAUAGUCUUAACAACAGCUGAAGAAUCUGAGCUAUCAGACUGGUGUACCAAGAUACCAUGCUGUACCUUGCAUUUGUGUCUUUUAAUGUAAAUGCCAUUUUUAAAAUGAUCUUGUCACAAAGAUGCCUUUACAUAAGCUCUGCUUUAUUCUAGUACCUAGAAUUAACUAUCAAAACUUUUAUAUUUAUUAACUUCCAUUUCCCAGAGCUCAAAACUGAAGGCAUGAUCAAUUAAAUCAUUUGGGUUGUAUAUCUUCUCCAGUGACAACAAUUCUUUCUGUCCAGCCUUACACAGGAAAGUGUCCAAUUCUGCCUCAUUUGUUAGUAUCUUGUCCAAGUUCAACCAGAUGUUGCUGCUUGUCCUGAAUACUGUGAAUGUAAAUGACUUGUUUAAUCAAGUAAAUACAAUGACAAGAAAAAAGAAAAAAAAAAGUCAGGAGUGUGGUUUCAGUCGUAACCAGCGGUGAGUAUUUCUAUCUCACCUGUACUUAACUAUGUUCAUGGGCUUCCUCUCCAUUCGUUGGUGAUUGGUGAUCUGCCCAAAUGCAUCAACAAUGUUAACCGGCUACAGUGGGCAAGAAGAAUUAGAUCAUCGUUAUCUCUGGAAGAAAUGAAUCCUUUUCUGUUCUUUCUUCUAAGGAAUAGUGACAAAGCAUCAGAAUCAGUGCCAUGUGACCCACAGCUACUUUACUUCUUAUCAGGACUAUACUUUAAAUACAGCCUCAUCAUGAUGUACAUCCUCCGGGACCUAUUUUCAUUGUCCUUUCCCUUCAGUAAAUGUGAAAUUCGAAUAAAAUGCCAAAUAUGCUUUUAUUUUAUACAAUGCCAUCUGAGAACUGGAAAGUCUCCAAACACUGAAUUCUCAUCUAAGUUGAGUAACAAGUGAUUCAUCUUGGAAUUGUAGCCCUCUUAAUCCUAUGGUUUUGUCAAUCAUUAUUAAAUCAAUCAGUAAAAAAUAAGUGAUUCAA